CAUGGGACUAUAAGUAGGGAGGUGGUAGGUGGCUUUAGUCCUUUCUCUUGCUCACCAACUUGACAAACAGAAUGAAACUCCUUAUUCUGACUGCUCUGCUCACAGUGGGCGCUGCCCAGAGCAGCGUCAGCCCGCGGGCAGUGUGGCAGUUCCGCAGCAUGAUCAAGUGCACGAUCCCCGACAGCGACCCCUUGAAGGAUUACAACAACUACGGCUGCUACUGCGGGCUUGGUGGGUCAGGCCAGCCUGUUGAUGAGCUGGACAGGUGCUGCCAGACCCACGAUAAGUGCUACUCACAAGCCAAGAAACUGGACAGCUGUACAUUCCUCCUAGACAACCCCUACACCAAAAUCUAUUCAUAUUCAUGCUCUGGCUCUGAGAUCACCUGCAACAACAAAAACAAAGCCUGUCAGGACUUCAUCUGCAACUGUGAUCGCGAAGCUGCUAUCUGCUUUUCAAAGGCUCCAUACAACAAGGAAAACAAGAACCUGGACACCAAGUACUGUCGGGACUGAGUAUCACCUCCAGAAAUCAUCCCUACCUGCCUCAUGGCCUUCACCUUAUGCUGUGCCCUCUAUUAAAGCACUUUGUUGAAAGGC